CUGAACUCAACAACUACACAAACUGAAUGAAUGAAUGUAUCAAAGUACUAGAAAAUCAACUACUAGUGUUUUUUGUUUGUAAGGUAUCACACUUUGAAACUUGACAUGCACAGAUUCUGGUAAGUGUUGAGUUGGGUGGAAAACAAUGAAGCAUUCAUUGACAUGGAGGACUCCUUCUGAAUCUGAUGUGCAACAAUCUUCCAUCUCUGAAAAUCUUACCUUGAAAAUGAGUGUUUUGCCACAACAAUGUGAGAAGACUAAGGCCUUAGAUUUUCAAUUUCAAGAUCAAGAUUCAUCUUCUACUCAAUCAACUGAUCAAUCUUAUCUCGAAGUCGGUUCGGGCCAAUCAGGUCCAAUUUCUGUCCAGUGUAGCAACUCUUCUGCAUUCCCUCAUACUGAGGUAUGCUUUAGUGGCCCGAUUGCAGCUCCAAAUGGAUCACAGAAUAAUAUUCAUCAUGCUCAGCUAGCAGGAAUGGCUCCGGUUCGGGUUCCUUUGCCUCUUGAUCUUUGUGAGGAGCCUAUAUAUGUGAACGCGAAGCAAUACCAUGCUAUUAUGAGACGUAGAGAGUAUCGUGCAAAGCUCGAAGCUCAGAACAAACUCAUCAAAAAUCGGAAACCAUAUCUACACGAGUCGCGUCAUUUGCAUGCGUUGAAGAGAGCUAGAGGCACCGGUGGACGUUUUCUAAACACCAAAAAGCUCCAAGACGGCCUUAAUGUUUCCACGACUACUCGAUUGAAUCCGAAUGAAAAUGUGUCUGAAUCUAAGGCGAAUCAAGUAGAAAACAAUAGAGAAGGUGCUUCUGCAACCACAUGUUCUGAUGACACAAGUGCUUCUAAUAGUAAUGACAUGUUCCAACAACAUGAAUCUGAGUUCAGAUCAUGUGGUCACCCUUCUCAAAUGCAGGGUUUCUCGGCCGAUAUCGGUAGUGGUGGCGGUGAUGGAAAUCAAAACCAUCUAUCGGUCCUUAUGUGACAGACAUGCUUGGAACAUUAGCCAAUUAUUCUUCUCCAUUCAGAUGAAAUGGAGAAGAGUAUCGCUAGUGUUCCACUGGAAAGUCAUCCUUGGCUCAUCUUAUACUAUGUCUUAAUUACUACUUUUGCCUUGUUAAUAAUUCUAGAACAAGGAUAGAGAUCUAAGAUCUUUGCGAGUUAUCAUGUUUUGUGGCUAUGGUAACGUUUGGUCUAAGAAACACUUGGCCGAAUUAAACCUACUUGUGAAAACUAUAU